AUGCCAAUCGCCGAGCUUCUGGGAGUCGAAUUCGACAUGCAGCUGCUGUUGAAACUGAGCGUCUCCGUGGCCGCCGUGGUGCUGGUGUCGUGGGCGUACCGGUUCUACAGCUCCAGGGAAGCACGGAAAAUCAUCCGGCCCCGCCACGUGGUGGAAGACCGCGAGGAGCCCGAGAAUGCGACGUGCCAAAACUACAAGCCGACGCUGCAAGAGGACACCGGCGAUGGGGGCCGGCGACCCGGACCCCCGGACACGGAUUCGGCAACUGAUGACAUCACGUCUGACACCGGCACCGACGAAGCGCCGGCGGAUGCUCCUCCGUGCCAAGCUGAAAAGAACUCGCCUGGAGCUCGGGAUAUCGGCAUGAAAGGAGAGAAGCAGGUUGCCGCCAGUAAUAUUUCAUUGGGAUCGUCUUUGAACUCCCCUUAUCCGACUGAGAGUGGGACGGCCCGUGCCACGGGGCGCCGCUCCCCUCGCUUUUUCCAGAAGCUGGAGGGCAGUGUGGGCGUGGGCAGGGAGUUAAGGCAGGACUUGGAGCGCCAGGGGGCCUACUCCAGCUUCCUCUCCAAGGCCGAGAUCAAAGUGGAGGAUGCGAACGUCGUGCUGGGAGGAACGGGAGAGCGGAUUGUGCGCGGAAAGAUCUACGACUACUACGUGGAGUCUUCCUCGCACUCCGUGACCGACAACAACGCCGCUCCGUACGACAGGAACUCCGAGUUGCAGUCCGCGGAGCCUGGAGGUCUCGGCGGCGGCCUCAAAGAAUCCCCGUCCUCCCUGGGCGCCAUCAUCAUGCGGGAUCUGGUUUUACCACAGAGCGGCGCCGAGGACCCCCCUUUGCCGCUAAGCCUCAAACCGAGGCACGCCGCGAGGCCCGUGCUCCUACGCAAGGAGAGCUAUCUCUCCGCAGCAGAGCAGUCGCAGCUCCCCAUCCCCUUUCGAAAGACACAAGUCCCAACUCCAAAGACUCACCCGGUGGCGAGAGAGGGGGAAGACGACGAGACGGCGGAAGCAUGUUCACACCCGUCGGCAAAAACUCUCGAGGGCACCGAUUUGCAAAGCUUUGAGAGUAACCUCGAUCUGGGGAACUGUUUGGAGACGCUGCGUCUGGCCAAGAAACGCGGCCAGACCUCCGUGCAGGAAGCGGCCCUGGGAGUCAUGUCGGACAACUACCUCCAGGUGCUCCGGGACCCCAACCUUUACGGACGGCUGAUGGCCGGCGAGCGGGAAUACAUCCAGAAGCAGAGGACGAGAGGGAGGCGCUUUGUCAUGGUGGCGGAUAUGGACCCUCGAGACUGGGCGAGGAACACGGGAGAGCCGGCGAGGAGGACGACCAGCGCCGUGUACCGCUACGACGACUUCACCGACGCCUGGCACAUGCUGUGCCCGAUCCCGCAGGAGGUCGUCUCGCAGGCCUGCGCCAUGUGCACCAUGGAUAACUACUUGUUCGUGGCGGUGGGCUGCCAAGGCGGCGAGGGGGAAAUGACCCCCUCCAAGCGAGUGUUUUGCUACAACCCGUUGACGUCCAUCUGGAAGGAGAUCAGUCCCAUGAACGUCGCCAGGCCCCGCUGCAAGCUGGCGGCGCUGCAGGGCUACAUCUACGCCAUCGGAGGGGAGUGCCUCUGCUCGGUGGAGCGCUACGACCCGCGGGCCGACCGGUGGACCUUCGUGGCGCCGCUGCCCAACGACACGUUCGCCGUGGCGCAUCACGUCACGGCGAGCAGCGGGGAGCUGUUCGUCUCCGGGGGCACGCUCCGAUUCCUGCUGCUGCGCUACAACCCCAAGACCGACAGCUGGAGGCAGAGCCUGUUGGCCGGCACCAAGGACAGAACGGCGGAUAUGGUGGCCGCGGGGCGGUUGCUGUAUCGGUUCGACGUGAACCCGAUGCUGGGCGUCAGCGUGUACCGCUACCACACGGUGGCGCGGCUGUGGUACGAGUGCACCUCCAAGCGGAUCCACCGCUGCCCCGCCUUCCGCUGCGUCAUGUUGGACGGCACCAUCUACUGCGUCAGCCGGCAGUUCACCAUGAGGUUCCGGGCGGACGAGAUCUCCCCGGGUUUCCAAGAGGAGAAUAUAAGUGUCCUCUCGGCGGCGAAGGGCGUACUUUUCCCUUUCGUCCUGUCGCUGCCUGAUAAGAAGCCUCGACAGACCAGUGUGUGAGGAGGGUUCAGUUUCCCAUGAAUGAUGCGAUUAGGUGGCGGUGGAGGAUUCCCUCGAGAGCGUACGUUUCUUCUUGACUGAGUGUCAUCGACCCAGCAUCAAACGUCCAUGCGUUUUCAUUUUAAUUUGAGCUGUCUUUAAGAUCACCUUUCCACAAAGCUUCUAUUUAAUACUUUAUGUCUUCGAUUUGUGGGUGUGGCACAAAGAAACGUGCGUUCCUCACGCGCAGGAGCCGAAAACUCUGUUUGCUUAGAUUUACGGAUGAGCUGCCAUGUAAGUUGUUUGCUUCCUUGAUUUGCCACUCCCUCCUGCCAUUAAGUUAGUUUAAUAUCAUCCCAGAUGCUUAACCCUCUAUAGAUAAUUCAUAAAUAAGUCUCGCGGAGUAAAUGAGCUCAUUCAACUCGAACACAUUACAGAGAUUGAGCAAUAUCGUGGUGAUCUAUCACCGCGUUCCACUGUGCAGGGCACAGAUAUAACUUACACAGCGGCCUGGAUACAAUGCAAUUAUCUACGGUUGCUCUUUAAGUAUGACAACAUGUAAAUGGGUUUGUCAGACAAUAUAAAUAGGACGGCUUCGAAAACAUUUGUCACUACUUUUGAAACUCUUCCAAGGCUACGACUUCUUGUUAUUGUGGGGAUUUCAGUCACUCUCCAUUGGAGGCCAGUAAGAUUGUUUUUUGUGUGUAUUUGUUAUAAUCUUGACUGACUUUGACCUGCUAGAUAUAUAUAUAUAUAUGAUUAACUAUUUACUGUUUUAGGAAAGUCAAAAAAAUAAAAAAAUGUCAUGUCAAAAAAAUAAAUUCUCUGCAUACUAAUUCACAAUUAAUGAACUACAGCUUAUUAAACCAAAUGUUUACUCCAGUGACGAAUAGUAGAACACAAUAACACAAUAAUAACAAUAUUU